AUGAAUGCUGAUCAUGCCACAGUGACGAAGCCGAAGUCAGCACUGACGAGAAAUAUCUCGACGCCAUUGCCGUAUCCCUUUCCCGCGGCCAUACCCCCAAAGGCAGCCCGGACGCUGAUGGAAAAGCCCAAGUCGGGAUGGCCAGCCGGAUCAACACGCAAGAACCUCCCGCCCUGGGAUCGCUCGAUCGAUGUCGUCUAUCACAAAUACCGACGUGACCAGCCGGUGCCCGACAAGGCCACUGAUUUUGAGAGAUCGGUCGCAAUGUUCUUCGCCGAUCAUCACCGAACGCAACAGCAGGAACCGACUUCUCCAUACCUCAGACUUCCCGCAGUCGCACGCUUCCAGAUAUGCCAAUAUCUCAUUGCCGACCAUGAAUCCGACAUGCCCAUCUGCCUCAACGACGGCCGUUUCGUGAGAGAGGUCUGGACUGACGAUGAGUACACUUCACUAGCUACUGCCAUGAGACCUCUGCAGCCGUACCUCGAAGUGUCUUUCGCUCUGCGCGCGGAUAUUCUGAUUGCAUUUCUCAUGGGAGAGCGCUUCCACAUCACCAUGUCGCCUUUCGUGGGUCCCUACCUGAACCCUUUGGCAACACUGUGGUGUAAUAAAUACGGUCACUUCAUGCAGCAGGUCAUCGUUGAGCUCGACCUGACUCGAUUGGGUUUCGGGCCAGGCAAGGAAGCCUGCAAGUUACGCGCAGGAACCGUUAAUAUGGACGAUCUCAUCGGGGCUUUUGUUAGAGGCCAAUUGAAACGAAAGAACCAUUCGACGCUCAAGAGCCUUGUGCUACUCUGCCGGAGAUUCUGGGGUGAACGCCCUUCCGACCAUCUUCCCCCAGGUUCCAGGUCUGCCAGCGAGCAGAACAACCAGGGAAUGUCGACGGAGCCGGAACAAGUGUUCACACCCAAGCGAUCGAGCUACGGAGCUGACUUCUCAUACUGCCCUGAUGAGUUCCUCAGAAUCUGCGAGCCAUUCGUGCGCCUAAAUGGCUUGGUUGACUCGAUGCGCCUCUGCGGUUUCAGCAAUGGCUAUACACAUUCUCUGCUGCGCCGUAUCUUUCCUGUUCCUGAGAGAAGCGAGGAUAUCAAGUACCAUACGUACCGAGUGGCGCCUUCUUCGGUAUGGCCGCGCAUUCCCGGCCAAAAGUCGUGGGUCGACAAAGGAUACGGUAAAUUUCAGCUGGAUGAUCAUUCUCGACAGUACCUGCGCGGCCUCUGUCUUCCAGAGGGAGCAGUAAUGCUUACACGACCAUACGAGAACCUAUCGACUGGACGUAUGUCGGUUGGAUAUGCGUCUAGAAGCAUUGAAGAAACCUCAGAGAACGGCGACGCACGUGAACGUCCGGACAGCAGAACGCAACUGAUCGGAAGGGCGUCUCAAGAAUCGGUAGCAACGGAUGAGGCGAGUCUUGAACACAGAAUGCAGGUCCUAGUUCACAGAAUGCGACGAAGCUUGUCAAAGAGAGAGGUUGAUGCUGGUUCGCCGGCGUCCGCGACAUCAGCAUGGGCAAUGUCGGGCUGGUCGUCUCGGGAAUCAGAAGGGAGCUGCCUGGAGGAUGGAACGAUAUCCAGAGCGACUAUUUGA